GCGGUCACGUGAUGUUUGGGUGCCGGCGGUGACGGCGGCAGGGACAAUACUGCUGAGCUGGGCCUUGGGUCCAUUGGGUUAUUGCUGCCAAGUUCCCAAUAAGUGGCUCCACAGCACAGCAGAAUAAAAUCGUGGGUGAGAUGGGCCACACCAUUGUCUCUCUGCAGUGAUUUGUGUUGGAUUACCUGGACUUGAGGUGGAAACACCUGAGCUUUUGUAACAGACCCAGAGGUCUUAAAGCACUUCCCAAAGGUUUGAAGUGUAAUCCCGCAUCCAUCACUAUCCAGAAAAUGUCUUAUGGAUCCAUUGAUGGGAGUGGAUUUGGGAGCAGGAACCCAUUUGGAGGCCCCUCGAGACAAGGCUAUCAACCUCUCGCCACCCAGAUUGAUCCCAGUGAACUGCAGGAACUUUUUCAGGAGACUUCAGCCAACGUUUUCCGAAUUAACUCCAAUGUGACCUCUCUGGAAAGAAGUCUUCGAUCCCUGGGGACCUCGAACGAUACUCAAGAGCUGCAGGAUGGACUGCACGCCACCCAGCAGGAGACUAAUAAAACCAUCACGACUAGCACCAAAGCCAUCAAGCAGCUGUCUGAGGUUGUCAGAGGCUCAUCCAGGCAAGAACGGCUUCAGCUGGACAGACUGAAGAACCAACUCUCAGAUGCCAUCCAGAGAUAUGGAGCUGUGCAGAAAAAAAUAGCAGAGAAAUCCAAAGCUUUGCUCCCUACUGGGCAGAGAAGCACCAAACAGCAGAGCCCUAAGGCUCCCUUCUCCGACCUGCCCGACGACGAGAAGAUCUUUAACGGCGGCGACGGCGCGUGGCAGAGCCAGGGCCAGGACCAAGCCCUGCUCUCGGAAAUCACCGAGGAGGAUCUGGAAGCCAUCCGCCAGCGGGAAGAGGCCAUCCAGCAGAUUGAGAGUGACAUGCUGGACGUGAACCAGAUCAUCAAAGACCUGGCCUCCAUGGUGCACGAGCAAGGGGACACAAUAGAUAGCAUUGAAGCCAACAUUGAGGCCUCUUCUUCUAAUGUAGAAUCAGCCAACGAGCAGUUGGCAAAAGCAAGUCAGCACCAACUACGAGCCAGGAAGAUGAAGUGCUGCCUUCUGUCCAUGGCUUUGGCUGUUCUGCUCUUCGUUGUCAUCAUCAUCGCCGUCUCCGUCAAGCACUGACCUGGCUGAGCUUUGCACAGAGCCUGUGGUCACCCUGGGAAGUGGAAAUGGAUUCUCAAGGCAUUGCACAUUCCCCAUGUCCGUGUCUGCAUUACUGAUGACUGAUCAUAUUAAACCUGCUAUAACCAACAAGCACUAAUUGAAUGAAAGAAAAGCUAAGUUUUAUAAUGUGUGUUGGUAUAGUUGUGAAUAAUUUUGCCUAUUUUUGACCCUUUCAUCAUAGACAUGUUUUACUUUGUGUUACAGAUUUUAAUUAUGUCCCCUGUAUCUGGGGAAUUCAAUUUUUUUGCCUCUAGAUUUGCUAUACAAUGUGCUGUAAGAUAAAUAGCUGUUAAUUCAUCUCUAUUGUUUGUGUUUUUAACAUGCUCCUGAUCUCCAAUUCUGCUCAUUUAAAACCAUGAAAGUCAAGAUGCUUGUCUGGUUCUUCUUUUUUUUGUUUGUUUGUUUGAUUGGUUUUUUCUGUUACUGUUUCUGUAAAUUUAAAAAUUAAUUUAGCUCAGAUUCCCCUACUGUGCACUGCUGCUUUAGAAUUUGCUCUGCUGGAUCUGAGCUAAGCACUUCCACAAUUACAUGUGCCAUUUACAACACAUCAAUUAGAUGCUUAUUUGAUCCCACUGUAUGCACAGAACACCAUAUUUAUUCAUGAGAAACAUCAGUGAAAGAGCAGGACAAAUAAACAAAACAUACUAUUAUGAUUUUUUGGCGGCCUUUAAAAAAACCAAGCAAGAUAUCUCGUGAAAAAUGCCAAAUCUUGUUUAGACUUCAUUUAAUAGGUUUCAAUGCAGCCAAUAUUUGUGAUUUUGUCCCAUUUUCAUCCACAAUGUUUUCUCCCGACAACAUGAUUGAAAGUGCCAUUUAAAUUCAUCUUUAAAUGUGUCAUGUAUUAUAAAUGC